CCCCUUCACUCAGGAAAAUAUUACGUCACUAAACAUGGCGGAUUAACCUGUGCUUUGGGUCCGCUACUUACCACUUCUCGUCGGUAAAUGAAGGCUUAUUUCUUCCACAAAACGACAUAUUCUUAGUCAGGUCAAAAUGUUCCGUCGGUCAAGAUUUAGUGUGCGUCCCAAUGUAAGUACAGCAGGGCGAUCAGCACCUCCAGAAGCAACUCCAGCAAAUCAGGAGGCCAGUGAGGCCCAGAGAGAGGUUGGGGACAGCAACAAUGCUAGUGCUCUGACGGAUAAGUCCGACAUUACCCUGUCAGAAAAAGCUGCAGCUUCAGUGGAUGGCAGUGAGCAAAAUGUGGAUGGUACCAGCUCUUCAGUGGCUGUCCAAAGAAGGAAACGAUUUUCUGUUAAGCCUAAAGUGGCCCCUGGCCGCCCCUCUGCUCUCUCUCGGACACCAAAGUCUCCCAUCAAAGCAGUCUCUCAAACAUCUGUUGAUUGCUCUGGUGCGGGCCUUGACAAGGCAAAAGCAUCCAGUCAAACGGGAACAACAGCAACUCCGAAGGGACUCCAGUCUCCAAGGCGACGCAGGCCUUCAGAAGACGGCAAGCUGCCUAAAAUUCAACCUAAACCCACCUCCAUUUCUUUGGACGCUUCAGAAUCUUCAGCUGUUUCCUCAGCUGUACAGUCAGUAGAACAAACCCAUCUUCCAGCAGACAGUAGCAAACAAUCAGAGAACAUUUCAGACAGACAAGUUAAGGAAGCUCCUCCCAGACCACCAGAUAGACCCUCCAUACCAGACAAAGAAUCUACUGAACUAUCGGAGAAAGCCAAAACACUUGCAUCAUCAAAGACUGUGCCUUCACUGACACCAUCGGCACUCUCCCUGAGUAGACUUCUAAAUGACCCAUCAGACGUACAAAGGCUUGUGAAGGCUCAGAAGCUCAGAGAUUUGCUCAGAGAGGAGAGACGCAAAGAAAAAAAACUUAAGAAAGCUAAGGCUGUUUCGAAGGUAUUUAAUUUAGAUCCUGCCAAAAUGACUAUGCGGGACCUUAUCCAUUAUCUUCCAACGUCUAACCCAAUGACAUCUGGUGUAGAAGAAUUGACCCAAGAGAAUGAGACUCUGCUCCCACCUUCACCAGGAAGAGAAGCGUCUCCAGAGCAGGCACAGGAACCUGAAAUCCCCCCUAAUACCAUGGGCAACACAGAGGAAGAAGCAGAGGAGGCAGAGGAAGAGCAGGAAGAAGCACUUAUGGUUCCUCAAGUCAAAGUUGCAGAAGAUGGCUCACUGAUUAUUGACGAAGAGAGCUUAACUGUGGAAGUCCAGCGAGCCAAAGGGCCAAACCCAGCAGAGAAUCGAGACCCCAUCUUUGAACGAGGCUCCACUACAACUUACUCAAGUUUUAGGAAACUUAACCAUGCAAAACGCUGGACCAGCGAAGAGACAGACAUGUUCUUCCUGGCAGUUAGCAUGGUGGGGACAGAUUUUUCUAUGAUUUGCCAACUGUUUCCACACAGAGCUCGAUCAGAGAUAAAGAACAAAUUCAAGAAAGAAGAACGAGAGAAUGUUUGGAGGAUUGACAAAGCUAUCAGAGAGAGGCGCAAACUGGACAUAGAGUACUUCUCUAAGCUGUUAGAAAAGAUUUUGGAAUAUCAGAGAAGUAAGAAGAAACUGAGAUCAGUGUCUGAGAAGAAAUCGUCCCAAAAGGGCAAGAGAAAGACAAAAGCCAAAAAAUCGGGAAGGAAACUGAGUGAUGUGGAGGAGGAAGAUGAGGAGGAUGAGGAUGGGAAAGAGAUCCUGGGGUUGGAAGAGGAGGAAGAGGAAGGGGAGAAAGAGAAUGAGGAUCUCUGUAAUGAUGGAGAAAUUCCUGUUUCUGACGCUAAGACAAAAAGAGGCAAAAGAAAGAACAGACAAGUUGUUCUGGAUGAGGAACCAAAUGACAAGAGAACCAAACGAGUGAGCACUGAGCAAGGUACAGGGACUGUGAGCGGUUUUGUUGUUACAAAACAUGUAGAUGAGGACGGCGUAUGCGAAGAUCCUGAGGCAGAGCUUCCUGACAACCACAAAGACUCAGACACGUCAGAGAAAACUCAAAAGGCAAAUACAGCUAAGGACACUGCAAUCAAGCCAGCUAAACUCUCACGAGGCAGAGCAUCAAAACCACUACUGCCUUUAGGCCGCAAAUGGAGUAAAAAGCCUUCACCUUGUACAACAGCUAAAAGUACUUCAUUGGAUGAAGAAGAUGAGAGUGUAAAUAAAGAUGCAUCAUCUUUAAGCCAAGCCAGCAGGGAGCCAGUCGGUGAUGAUAUUUCCUCAGAAGGGGAGGAGGAGGAUGCCAUCGUUAAACCUCCAAGACCUACCAGAUGUGGUAGAGUACCUAAACCCAUCAAGCCCUUGACUUAUCCAGCCAAAGAUGAAGUACACUCCUCUGCAUCUGAAACUACACCAGCCUCAGCAGCUGGGUCCACUGCAUCUGCUGCUAAACCAAAAUCCCAACAGGCAGCCAAGAAGAGAAUCCUACCACAGCAUGAUUUGGCCCCAAAAUCCAAAAAGUGUAAACUUGUCACUCUCACAGCUUCUCAGACAGAAUUUAGUGACGAGGACAGUCAUCAAUGGCAGGAUGAAGAAGUGGAGGAGGUGGAACUCGCAGGUAGCCCCAGUAAAGACAGCAGUGCACCUGCGUUUGUGCCUGCCGGCCUGCACACUCCUCGUCCUGAGAUUAAAGAAGUGGAUGAGACAAUUGCUGAGCUUGAUAUCUUGGCCACUAUGCCUGAUGUUUUGGGCAUUUCCCAAGAUGCACUUUGCCCCGAUUCUGCUUGUGAGCAGGCACAACAUGAGACAGGGUCAGCUGAACCAUGUGAACAUCAGUUGGACCUGUUGAUUGAUGUUAUAGAAUUUAUUUCUUCAGAACAUGCAGAAGUAUCUGAAGAUCAGAGCUACAACGAGGCUGCUCAAACCCUGCUGACCAUCGGAAACCUGAGUCACGUCUCUCAGUCGGAACAGAAUCAAGUAGACAUACGAGAUCAUGUAACAGGGACGGCAUCAGCUGAUGUGAAUGAAACCACCCACCUAGAAAAAGAGCUUGUUUCCGAUGCUGCUGUACAGGAAAAAAGUGCCACUCCUUCCGUGUCUGCAUUUGAUCAUGAUGUCACACAGACAUCGGAGACUGUGGCCACUGUGGAACAACAAGUUAGCAAAACAGUCAGUGAUGAAAUGGCAGUUAAAACCAGUGAUGAGCCACAUCCAGAGAGUUCAAACAAAAAUACUCUACAAACUAAGAGAGGUCACUUUUCCAAAAUAAAACCUAAACCUAACCUUAGCCGAGUCUCCAGGACUGUACAAUCCAAAUCCCAACCAGAUAUAUCUGCAGCAAGGACAGCUGAAGAAAGCCACAGGGAGUCUGCUAACAUUAAAGACUGUUCUCCAGCAUUGCUAAAAGCUGACACUUCCUCUACUGAAGUUAAACUAACAGCAAAGCCAUCUGAGAGUCAACCAGAUAUUGUUGGGGUUGAAUCAGUUGCAGAAAUCCAGUUCCAGAGUCACAGCUUUUCUGAAUCUACAUUUGAACCACAUAGGGAUCAGGCCACGAGAGAGACAAAGUCAUUAUCUGAGCCCACAGAUGAAAAACUUACUUCCCAUGUUGAACCUUUUGAGACUGGUUUUAAGGAUCCGCCAAACUCUGACUCACUCAUCACAGAGGUUGAAGAGGAGUUAUGUUCAAUUGUGUCCCCAGCCAAGGAGAGCAGUGAUAAACCUACGGGUGAAACACACGCAGGAGAAUUAUCUGUCACUGAAAAAGGAGAAAGUGAAGUCUCAAAUACUUGCCAAUCUAGAAGGAGUCGAUUACCAAAAUUCAAACCCAAGCCAAAUCUGCUACAGACAUCAAGAACUGCAAGAUCUAAAUCCCAAACCACAAAGCAGCCUGAAGAGAGAGACCCCAUCCCAAUGCAAGACCCCAAAUCUCGCAAACAAUCAAGAUGCUUAACCACAGAGGAUGAACAACCACGAUCAUCAUGCUCUGCUUCUCCUGAAAAACAUGUAGAAAGUGUAGAUACUCUUUUACCAACAACCACAGAUGGUAGACCGGACUUAGGUGCAGUAAUAACGGAUUGCGGUCCCUCACAAUGCCAGAACUUGGAAUCUGAGUUUGAUCUCAAAGGGAAUCAAGUCACUAAUGACACAAAGUCGUCAUCUGAGCCCACAGAGGAAAAAGUUCAGUCCUGUGUUGAAACAGCCAAGAGUGUUUUCAAUAAUUCAGCAACAUCAGACUUGGCGAUCUCAAAAGUUGAACAGGAGCCAUGCACAGAAUCAGAACCAGGUCAAGAGAGCGCCGAGAAACCUCCUUCAUGUGUUUCACAUCCAGAAGAUUUACCUGUCAGGCAAAAAGAAGUGAACAAAGACACAACUCCUUCACCACCUAGAAGGAGUCGAAUGCAAAAGGUCAAACCUAAACCAAAUUUAGCACAGUCCUCAAGAAUUUCAAGGUUUAAACCUCAAACUGUAAAAUCGGUUUUAGAGAAGGACUUAAGCCCAACUUCAAACAUGAGAUCACCUGAAAAAACAACAGCAAAGGUGGAACCACAACUAGUGUGCACCCUGUCCUCUGAAAAACUGAGUGAAAACGCUGACCCUGCUUCAGUUUUAAAACCAUCAAUAAAUAUAGUUUCUACAUCUACACUCUCGGAGGAGCUUUCAACAAAUGAGGAGUCUAGUUUAACAAAUGUUAGACUAGACUUGGGUGCAGCAACUUCAGAUCAGAGUGCCUCAGAAAACGUGAACCUCUCUGCAUCACAAUUUGAACCCAGCAGGGAUCAGGUCAGCAGUGAGACAAAGUCAGCAUCUGAUCCAGAAAAAAAUAUGCCUUGUAUUACCACAUCUGUGAGUAGUUGUAAAAAUGUGGUAGCACCUGACUCAGCAGUCACAGUCUCACAAGCUGGGGAAGCAGGUGAUGCAGAAUCAGCCUCACCCCAAGAGAGCAGCGUCCACCAGGCUGUUCUUGUUGCACCUGUUCAAGAGUCACCACUUAAUCAAGAAAAGAGUGAAGCUGCUUCUCAGUUGAGGAGUCGUCGAUUGCAAAAAAUCAAACCCAAACCAAACCUGCCACAAACACCAAGAACUAUGCAGUCAAACUCGCAAUCCACAAAAGACCCUGUUAUACACACACAGGUUGUGGAAAAACCCUGUAGCCAGACUUGUGUGUCUGAAUCAAGUGACUACAGAAUGAAAGAUGCAGAAGCCCAGCCAUCUUGCAGUCCUACCUCUCCAGAAAAAUCAAAUGAAUUUAAAAGUCCUGAUGCUGCUUCAGUUUCUGAACCAUCACUGGAAUCUGGCUCUUCUAAUAAAUGCCGAGAGGAAAUAUCUUCAUCAGAGAGGGAAAAGACAGAUGCUGUAUAUGGCCCAAUGUCAAGCUCAGUGAGCUUGGAACAAAAUAUCCCACAAAGAUUGCGGCGGUUUCCCAAGGUCAAACCGAAACCCAAUUUGGGAUCAUCCUCUAGAAUUACACAGACAAAACUACAGCCAGCUGAUAUCAGUAAAUCUGCAGAACAUGUUGAUACAAUCUCAAAUAUAGCACCAGCACAAGACCCUGGGGACAAUAAUGAUGCACAGAAAUCUGUGAAAUUGCCAGAGAAAAACCUAACAUCAGGACAUUGUUCAAUAAAUGUAGAAGUCUGUUCAGUAACAUCUCAACCUGUAGACUCGGAGAAAGCACUGGGCACCUUAGACGGUAAGGAUCCCCAUCCAAAUGAUCCCAGCUCUCCUCUUGGAUGUUUGGCACAAGUUAAUGAACAACAAAGUGAACAUGACCAUCAUUCAAGUAAUUCUGAAGUCCCUCUGGUUCCUGUGAACCAAGUGUCUUCUACCCAGAAUACAUCAACAUUAAGUACAAACGACAUCCAAAGUUUUCCAAUAUUUCAAGAGAUGCUGCCAGAGAAGGUGCCUUCAGAUCCCGACGAACCAUUUUUCAUCCUCUCUCUCACUGAGAUCCCGCUGUCCUCAUCAGGGGAGGUGGUGAACAGUGCAACUGAGAACCCCUCUUGUCUUUCUGUAGCAGAGUCAUCAAUACCUCAACCAAGUGGUGUUUCUGGAGAGAGUGUGGCAGCGGCAGGAGAGGGGUCUCUGUCUAAUGUCCCCAUGCCCAUGUUCAAAGAGAUAAAGAGUGUGACAGGCCUCAUCAGUGUGGAAGAGACUGUGCUGGACCCAUCUACACUGAUUGAUCAUAACAUUCAGAAAACAGUGGAUCCACAGGAACAUACUACAGACAAUCCACCAAAGUUUCCAGAUGCCGUGGACAAUAAUGAGCCUGAAGCAGCACUUAACAAGCAGAGACAAACAAGUAUUGGAAGAAGAGCCAAACUGCAAGUUAAACCUAAUGCAGCGAGGAGAAAACAAACCAGCAAGACCAAGUCAAUGAAAGCAGCGGAGUCAGCGCCUACCCAAACAAACACCACCCAGGAGCCAAAAGCCAGUGAUGCUGUCACGGAAGCACAAAGGGGAAGAUGCAGCCGUGAUGAGGAGAUUGUGACAGAUGGAAAAGGCACUACCAGCAGCUUAGAAGCUCAAACUUCACAGAGGCGUGUGAGAAAACCCAAAGGCUCUCUUUCCUCGCUUUCUGUAACAAAGAAAACCAGCCCUCCACAAAAUCUUCCACCUAGCAAACCAGUUUCCAAGCGAUCUAAGCUUAAAACGCCACUGACUGAAGGACAACAAUCUUUGCUAGAGCCUAUAGCCUCCACAUCACAUGAUGUCCCUUCCACACAAAGUUUGACACAGACACUAAAAGAAACCCGUCCAGCAUCGAUUACACUGCUAACACAAACAGCAGUGAACAUCAGAGAGACCUGUGAUCAAAGUCCCAGGAGCCCAGAUCCUAGCACUUCACAGUGCACAGAGCAGGAUGACUGUGUGGACAGCUGUGCUCUUGAAGAGGAGCCCACCAGUGUGUCUCAGUACUUCUUAACCAACAUUUUCACAGAAGUGGAUGAGGGGUAAAAGCCACCUACGUAGUUGGAUUAAGAAGUGGAAUUUGUUGGCUUUUCAAAUUUUUAUUUCUGUAAAUAAUAAUUUAUAACUGAAAAGUUAUUGUUGUUUUUGCUUUUAGUUUUAAUUCUUUAUUCACCAUACUGAUGAAUGCAGUUUCACAUUUGCAAACAUUUACUAGAGUAUCAGUUUGUUGAAACAACAUUUUAAACCUCCGUUAGUUUAAAUAUUAAAGCACUGUACAAAUGGAUAACAACAUUUGUGACUCAUAGUUUGACUGAAGUGGUGGCAGCUUUUGCUGAAUUUUUCAUAAAAAAUACUUCAAACCUCAGAUGUCUUACCUAUUUUUUUUCUUCUUUUUGAUACAACUGUGAAUUUGUAAAUACUGUACAUGGUAGCAACUUCUGUUUUUUUUUUUUUAAUAUUUUUUUGUCCGUUCUUGAUUAAUUUUCAGAUGACUUUGACCUCAGGAAGAAAAACACAGUUCGGUAGAUUAAGACCAUGUACAGUUGUACAUUUCAGUGUAAAGCCUUUUUUAAUGUCUCUUCUGUGUACUUUAGAAAUGUAACAUAUGUGGAAAAUAAAGACAGAAAUUCUGUUUAAAAAAAAAAAAAAAAGGAACCCAUUCAAAACAGAAUAAUCAAACUAUCAAAGAGUUUCUGCUGUAUGUUAAUAUGUUUAUAUAUAGUGUUGAAAUAGUGACUGUACCACACAGUUAUGCACCGUUUGACUUCUUGUUUCAUAAAAACACAUUGUGUUUUCUACCCUAAGGGUUACAUUGGCUCACUGAAAGUGAAAGAUGUAAUUCUGUAAGAUCUGAAUAAAAAGUAUUACACCUA